UUUCUUUUCCCAAAAGAUUACGUGAGAGGAGGGGAGUUAAGAAAAGCAAAACAAAGAAAAGAAAAAAAUCGGCGGAGAGAGCUCGUGAGAGGAAAUUACGUAGGAGAUAAGCGAAAUCCCCAAAUUUCUCCCCCUCUCCCCUGUUUGUAGCUGUUUGAGUGGCCUGCGAGGACUCCUGAGCUCCCUCUUUCCGCUUACGAGUGCGCAACCGAGCUCCGCUUCAUUCUCGCCAUCAUUUUCCUGAUUAUUUUCUUGUCUUUUGCCUGUAUUUCCACGGUAUUAUCCUGAUUUGUGGCAGUUUCUCGGUGAUUUUGCUGCUCCUUUGCUCAGGCGGGGAUCUGCAAUUUCUGUUCUUUAUUUGACAAAUCCUCUUAUCCAGGCUUAGAUUUAAAACCACUCCGCAUUAUUUUUCCAUUUCUCUCUGGUUUGCCGUUUAUUCCUCCCAUUUUGUUUUCCGUUUUCCCGUCAUUUGCGGCUUCUUUCCACCCAUUCCAAGAUAUACAAGCUGCAAACUCCGAGCUCUUCUGUUCGUCCCUAAAGAUUUCGAGCUCUGUGUGGCGCGGGGUUUAUGGUUUUAUUAUAGUUCUUGAGCUUGUUUCUUCUGAGUAGGAGCUCUGCUUCUGCUUCUGCUCUGUUGAGGAAUGAUGGAGGUGAGGGCGUCGUCGGACCAGCAAGGAGUGAUGGCGGGGAGGGAGCCGUUCGGGCUGCCCAAUAGCCCGCCCACGCCGCCGUCCUCCGGCCCCAUGCAUGGCACCAUGCGCAUGGCUUACGGCCCGGACGGAACUCCCUUUUUCGCGCCGGUGAGCUCAGCUCCGCCGCCGACGGAGACGUACCAGCCCGUGGGCGGCGGGGCGCCUGUCCCCGACUCGGCUGCCGCAGGAGGCAAUGGCUCGCCGGCUUUCCUGGUGAACAACAUGGAUGAGUCAGCCAAGAAGAAGCGCGGCCGGCCAAGGAAGUACGGCGACGACGGCUCCAUGGCGCUGGCAUUGGUGCCUGUGCCCAAUCCGGCGGAGCCGGCGCCCGGCACUUUUGGGCCUUUCUCGCCGUCUCCUAUGUCGGCGGCGGGCACUGCCCUCGGCGUGGCGCCGGUAGGGAUGAAGAAGAGGGGACGGCCAAAGGGCUCCACCAACAAGCCCAAGCCGCCACCGUCUCCUCUGGAUUUCAUUGCUUUGGCAGGAGCUGGAUUUACAGCUCAUGUUCUUCAUGCUCAAGCUGGGGAGGAUGUAGCUGCAAAGAUUAUGGCAUUCUCUCAGCAGGGAAGUCGAGGAAUCUGCGUGCUUUCAGCAAAUGGUGCCAUAUCAAAUGUGAGUCUUCGGCAAGCUGCUACUUCAGGUGGAACGGCCACAUACGAGGGCCGAUUCGAGAUACUUUCACUGUCUGGAUCGUUCCUGGUUCAAGAGAUGGGAGGCCAUCGUACCCGAACUGGCGGGCUGAGCGUUUCGCUAGCAGGUCCUGACGGGCGUGUCUUGGGUGGCGGAGUCGCUGGAGUGCUGAUCGCCUGUACUCCUAUACAGAUUGUGGUGGGAAGCUUCAGCCCGGACACUGGUGAAAAGAAGGCGAAGAAGCAACACGCCGCGCCACCAGAACCUGCAUCAGCGCCACCAAAACUCGCGCCGAUCGCGCCCGUGCCUAUCGGCGUCGGGAUGGGGCCGAGCAGCCCACCAUCCAGGGGCACGCUGAGCGAGUCCUCCGGUGGUCCUGGGAGCCCGAUGAACCAGGGCGGCGCGGCCACAGCCACUGCCAGCAACAGCAACAACAGCCAGCAGGGUGGCCUGUCCAGCAUGUCCUGGAAGUGAACUCUGCCUAGCAUCAGUGACAGCUUGACCCUCAGUUCGUAGAAGUCUGCAACUAGAUGUUACUAUCUAGUGUAAUCCAGUGUGUCGAGACUAUUUUAGAUGUUAAUUCUGUCGUCGUGGAUCAUUAUUGUUAUCAUUAGGUGUCGUUUAUCGUAGUCGGAUUAUUACUAUGUCGUCGUGUUUUACUUAUGUCAUGAAAAAUUAUGCACAUUUGGCAUUUGCUA